AUGUCAUAUUACGAUAAUUCGCAAUGGCCGGCCACUGGACAAGCCGGCUGGGAGCACCAAACCCCUCCCGCCCGCUCAGGCGCGAGCUCGGCGAUCCCGCGCGAAGAAUCCGCUGCUUUCGUCUACCAGCUUGAGGAGGUCGAUCGAGCCCUCGACAACCUAGUCAAGAGCGGCAAGAUGUUUGGAAUGCCCGGCGGUCGUCACGGCCGAACCGGACCCGGCGCUGGACCGCGGCCACAUUCGGUAGCCGACUACGGAGACUCCCGCGGCCAUAAUAACCCCUCGACCAACUUACAAAACUUCUACGCGACCCAACGACACCAGUCCUCGCGCGGCUCCAACGAGGCGGAGCAGAUGAUGCAGGCCAAGAGGAGAAUGGCAGCUCAGAGAGAGCGAGAGCUGCGGAACUACCAUCAGGAGCAGCAAUACAACCGAACCGGUCUCGAAGUUCCGGGAUAUGGUGGCAAGCCCGAUCGCACCAUUAGCCCCGGCACCAUGUCUGAGGAUGAGCGUCGCGAGUUGAUCGCACGCCAGCGCAGCGCUCUCUAUGGCGAGGGACCGUUCGCCGAGUCCGGCGGCUACGUCGACGAGACCGGCGCUCCAAAACCUGGUUUGCCCGCUCCACAGGCCGGGCCAGCUGGUCUGCGCGGCCGCUCGCCACUCGCCUACGAGUACGGCCGCACCCCGCCGCUCCAUGCCGAGGCCGGGCACCAGCCCCCCGUUGAGGGCGGAACGGGAUCCCAGUCUGCGGGCCCCAACCAGCGCUCCCGGACCAACAGCAAUGCCAGUCCCCAGUCCAAUGCUCCCAGCAACAAGGGCGUAUUCGACGCCCCUGCCGCGCAGCAGUCCAGCCGUACUAGCGCGUCUUCGCCCGGAGGCUCUCCACCCCGCGCCGGCGCGCCCGUGAGUAAGCCCAGCCAGGGGAGCGCUGUCGCCCCAAUUGGAACCCGACCGUCCGCUACGUCCAACGCGCCGGCGAAUCUUACCUUGAACAAGAGGUCCACGACCCCUCUCCCCUCGCCCCUGAGCCAGGGCUAUAACGCAGCCACCGGCAGCGGCGAUGACAGCAACGGCCUAACUAGCGGUGCUCCCUCGAACCCUCCCUCGGCCGCCGAGGCCCCUGGGGUCGGUCUCUCCGGCUGGGGCGGUCGAUCCGGCGGCUGGGGCAGCAAGUCCGGCUUGGGAGUCCAGGCCAGCGUCUGGGGCUAG